AUGGCAUCGUUAUUUGUUGAUGAGGACACAGAUUUAGCUGCCGAUGAAGCUCAAGAAGAGAUUGAGCAAGUUGAGCCAACUCAGCAGAUUCAAGAUGACGCUCAAUAUACAGCAGAGCCAGACACCAUCCCAACGAGACGCCUGGAAAGUCCUCUGUCCAUUCCAGUCACGUAUCAAGAUGACGAGAUCAUCCCCAUGUACCCGGAGCGCGAGGUGAUUAGUGCAUUGCCAUUGAAGUACCAACAGGAAAUUGUGGAAGAUAUGUUAACCAGAGACGCGCUCUUGAUUUUGGGGAGGGGUCUCGGAUGGGAGUUGAUCACCGCCAACUUGCUACAUGCCUUGAGCUCACCUUUUGUACAACUCGACAAAGUAAAGAGGAAAAGAAGCCUCGUCUUCAUCCUAAAUGCACAAGAAGAAGAGGUUAUGAGGUUAAGCGAGGAGAUUGCAGACUUGGGUUGGCUCAAUGGCGAAACAGAGGAGUUGGUUAUUCUAGCAGGAGAUUCACUUUCAUCUAAGCGGAAGACCGCGUACCAGAAUGGAGGAGUGAUUGCGAUCUCAGCAAGAGUAUUGGUAGUAGAUAUGCUUUCUGGAAUGGUUGAUCCCAAUGACAUAACUGGACUAUUUGUGUUCCAUGCCGAACGCAUUAGAGAAACAUCAAAUAAUGCAUUUAUCAUCAAUCUUUACCGCGACAAGAACAAAUGGGGGUUUGUAAAGGCUUUUUCAGAUGAACCAGAACUGUUCUCCGGGUUUACUCCAUUGGCCACAAGAAUGAAAGUAUUAAGGCUAUCUAACGUUAUUCUUUGGCCCCGUUUUCAUGUUACUGUUACGCAGUCGUUCAAAUAUCACAAGGGAAACGAAGCACGCAAGUUUGUCACCGAAGUCAACGUCAAACUAUCUUAUAAGAUGAAUAGGAUUCAGUCGGCCUUGCUAGCAUGUAUACAGGCGUGUCUUGGAGAAAUGAAGCGACAUAACCCUACUUUGGUGACUGAGCAUUGGGAUAUGGAGAAUGUCCACGAUCCUGAUUUUGUUAAAAAAGUACGGCAUCCGUUGGACUCACAGUGGCACAGAUUGACGUAUACCACCAAGCAGUUAGUGGGUGAUCUUGGUGUUUUGAUUGAGUUGUUGGAUGCAUUGCUUACUGUUGACUCGGUGACUUUUUACCAAAUGAUCAAGAGUAUUGUAGAUGCAAAUGUUAAACAACAAUCGACGGGGAUAAACCGAUCUAUGAGUCCCUGGCUAAAUCUUGAUGAGUCGCAAACUGUAAUCAGUUAUGCAAAGGAUAGAGCGUUGGGCACACUUGAAGGAAGCUAUGUGUUGGAGGAGUUGCCCAAAUGGAGUCACUUAGGUCAGUUGAUAGAUGAUGCGAUCUACGAGAAGACCUUGAGUCAAGAUGACAAUCGGAAGGGACCUAUUUUGAUUAUGUGCUCUAGUAGGAAAGUGGCAAAACAGUUGCGCCGUAUCUUGUUGACUAUGAAAAGCGAACAUAAACUGACAACAUCAUUCCAAUGCCGUUCUUAUAUGAUCCAGAAAUUAAAUGAGUAUCUAUACUGGAAGGAAAUAAAUACUUUAGCAAAAACAAUCAAUAUGGAGUUGAAUAAGGAAGCUACGGAGCAACAACAGCACCAGCAGCAGCAGCAACAACAACAACAACAACAAAUGGAAGCUACUGAAAUCACAAUGUCAAAAACUUUUACUAGAAACGGCCAGCCAAUCAGUAAGAGGAGACGAAAUCGAGGCGGAACCAUUGCCACACGGGUUGAGAAAUUGUACUCUACUGGAAACACGGAAGACAAUGAGCAAGAAGAUAUAGCGAUCAAGGCUUUUGUAGAAAGAAAUGGAAGAGGCGAAGGAGAAAUUGGAGUGGCUGAUCAUAAGCGUGUGCGCGGUAGUGCGAAACUUGAAACUGAACUAGAAGAAGGAAAAGAGGAAAACGGGGGAAAAGAAGAAGUAGAAGAAGUUGAAGAAGUUGAAGAAGUUGAAAAAGACGAAGAGGACGAUGAUUUUGAGAUUGAAGAAUUGCACGCACACGGCGGGCCCGGAUUUGAGUAUGUUGACUCUGAUGACCAAAUUAUUAUUCAAGUUUAUAAUGAAAAGUAUAGCGCUUCAUUUUUAGAAGAGUUAUCUCCUUCAUUUAUCAUUAUGUAUCAACCAGAUUUAUCUUUCAUUAGAAGAGUUGAGAUAUACCAAGCGACGAGGGGGGUUGAUGCUGCUCAAGUGUAUUUCAUGUACUAUGGAGAUUCAGUUGAGGAGCAGAAGCAUCUUUUGAGGAUCAAAAAGGAAAAAGAGGCUUUCACGAGGCUAAUCAAGGAGAAAGCCAACCUUGGCAAACAUUUUGAAACUAGUGAAGACAAUUACAAGUUCCGCAUCCAAAAGAACCAUGUGGUCAAUACAAGAAUUGCCGGGGGCGCACAUUUUCGCACGGAGCGAGACGAAAUGCGGGUUGUUGUCGAUACGAGAGAGUUUGGAUCUUCUUUGCCAAACUUGUUGUACAGAAUAGGUAUUCAAGUAGUUCCCUGUAUGUUAACAGUUGGUGAUUAUAUCGUUUCGCCUCGAAUAUGUAUCGAGAGAAAGUCGAUACCUGAUUUAAUUUCGAGUUUCAAGAGCGGAAGAUUAUACACCCAAUGUGAGCAGAUGUUUCGCUACUAUGAUCUUCCAACACUACUUAUAGAGUUUGACGAAAAUAAGUCGUUUUCCUUAGAGCCGUUCAGUGAGGCCAAAUUUUUGAAGGCAAGAACCAGCCUGAGCAGCUCUUUGGAUCCAAAAUUACGGCAAAACUUACAAUCGCAAAUUCUUUCACUUUUGUACUCUUUCCCGAAAUUGAAGAUCAUCUGGUCAUCAUCGCCAUACGAAACUGCGCAGAUCUUUCUUGAACUUAAAGCCAACCAAGAAGAACCUGAUGUAGGUAAGGCUUUGGAUAAAGGUGUUAACAAGGCUGUGGUGACCCAGGAUGGCGGUCCACCAAUUUAUAACGACGACCCAAUUGAUUUCAUUCAGAAUAUACCUGGUAUAAACAAUUUAAACUGUUAUGCCCUUAUACAGAAAGUGCGAAACAUUGAGGAGUUGGUUAAUUUGUCUGAAAAAGAGUUUACCGAUAUUUUAGGCAACGAAAACGGAAGAAAAGCGUAUGCGUUUUUGAACCGCAAACUUUAUUGA